GGAUGCAGAACCUUUCCGCGAGCGCGCGAGGGUCUGCCGGACCGCGCCGCUGGAGGGGGUCCUCUACGGGGCGCCCUCCGGGAACGCCGCGGGAACGAACGCGUACAACCCACAGAGCAACCCUACAGCAGGUCUCCUUCCUCGCAGUCUCCCUACAGGCCUGGGUGGAUCAGAUGACUUUGUGGCUGCAGGAAUCGGUGACCUUCACCCAGGAGUGGCAGCAGCUGGAGCCAGCUCAGAGGGACCUGUACAGAGAUGUGAUGCUGGAGAUUUUCCAGAACCUGCGCUCACUAGCUCUGGAAGAAGGCCACGUGGGUGACGAGCAUGUGUUCCGGCUCCUUCAGAUCCAGGCCUAA